CCUGUACUGUGUCUGCAGUCUCUGGUCAUCUCCUGUACUGUGUCCGCAGUCUCUGGUCAUCUCCUGUACUGUGUCUGCAGUCUCUGGUCAUCCACUGUACUGGGUCCACAGUCUCUGGUCAUCUCCUGUACUGUGUCUGCAGUCUCUGGUCAUCUCCUGUACUGUGUCCGCAGUCUCUGGUCAUCUCCUCUACUGUGUCCGCAGUCUCUGGUCAUCUCUGUACUGUGUCCGCAGUCUCUGGUCAUCUCCUGUACUGUGUCCGCAGUCUCUGGUCAUCUCCUGUACUGUGUCCGCAGUCUCUGGUCAUCUCCUGUACUGUGUCCGCAGUCUCUGGUCAUCUCCUGUACUUUGUCCGCAGUCUCUGGUCAUCUCCUGUACUGUCCGCAGUGUCUGGUCAUAUCCUGUACUAUGUCCGCAGUCUCUGGUCAUCUCCUGUACUUUGUCCGCAGUUUCUGGUCAUCUCCU